GGCCUAAACUUGCAAUGGCCUAUACAUUUUUCCAUCUCAUCUUCUUCAUAUUACUCAUUCCACUCUGUUCUUUGGCUCAAAAUAACGGGAUAGUGCCUAUAGGCAGCAUCCUAACAGCAAAUGAAGCAUCCAACCCAUGGCUUUCACCUUCUGGCGAUUUUGCAUUCGGAUUCCAACAACCUGACGAUAAAGAUCUGUUCUUGCUUUCCAUUUGGUAUCAUAAUAUACCGCAAAAAACUGUUGUCUGGUAUGUGAACUCAAGCGAUUCAAUUCCACGAGGUUCGACAGUUAAGCUUGAUGCUCAAAUUGGGCUUGUGCUCCGUGACCCUCAAGGCGUACAACUCUGGAGUACAAACGCCAUAUCCGAUCAACUAGAUCAUGGUUUUAUGAAUGAUACCGGCAAUUUUGUCCUUAAGGGGGGAGAUAACAGCUCGCUGUGGGAAAGCUUUAGCUUUCCAGCUGAUACCAUAUUGCCGUUGCAGGAAUUGGAAACUGGCAGUGUUCUUAAUUCUAGACAAUCAGAAACCAAUUUCUCGCAAGGGAGAUUCUCUCUCCAAUUUCUUGAUAAUGGAGAUCUAGUGCUUACUGCUCGAAGUCUGCCAAACACUACUUAUGAUGAUGUUGUAUACUACAACAGUCAGACUUCUAAGCCUACAAAUACAUCCAAUUCCGGUUAUCGCCUUGUCUUUGGUAGCAGGGGCAUCAUUUCAAUAGUGAAUAGCAACAAUCAAACGGAACAAAUUGGCUCCCCAACACUUUUUCCUCCUGUUGCAGAAGACUAUUUCAGGGCAACACUGGAUUCUGAUGGAAUACUCGCUUCAUAUUAUCAUCCUCGGAAUUUUACUGGUAAUCAAAACUGGACAGUUCUUUGGUCUGAGCCAGAUGAUAUAUGUAGCGCUGCAGCAGCAGAAACAGGGAGUGGUGCUUGUGGAUAUAAUAGCAUUUGCAAUCUUGUAAAUGGAAGACCAGCUUGCGAGUGUCCAGAUGGGUAUACAUUGCUUGAUCCAAAUGACAAGUCCGGAAGCUGCAUGCCAAACUCUACUCCGAGCUGUGACGAAGUUGAACAGGGAACUGCAGGCGAGUUAUAUGAUUUUGUGGUGAUCAAUGGCACAGAUUGGCCAAAAUCCGACUAUCAGAUUAUGAGACCAUCGACUGAAGUAGGCUGCAGAGAGGCUUGCUUACAUGAUUGUUUCUGUGCUGCUGCCAUUUUCAGAAACAAUACUUGCUAUAAGAAGAAGCUUCCUUUGUCCAAUGGGUGGACAAGUGGCAUACUUAAUACAGUAGCCUUCCUUAAAUACCGAAAAAGUGAUGCUCCUCCAGGAAUGGAAGGACCAAGUUCAAGACCAAAGGACCGGGAAACUUUGAUAGUGGUAGAAUCUGUUCUCCUUGGAAGCUCCUUUUUUCUGAAUAUCUUAUUAAUUGUUGCAGCUUGUUCGGGUUUUUAUCUCAUUUAUAAGAAAAAGAUGAUGAAAUCCCGUCCAAAUGGCGAAACAAACUUGCGCUAUUUCACGUACAAGGAGCUUGUAGAAGCUACAAAUGGAUUCAAGGAAGAGUUGGGAAGGGGAUCCUUCGGAAUUGUAUACAAAGGUGAGCUGCAAAUAAGUUCCAAAAGCAGUGGAAUUGCAGUGAAGAAGCUAGACAGAGUGGCUCAAGAUACAGAGAAGGAAUUUCGUGCUGAAGUGAAUACAAUAGGCCAGACUAAUCACAAGAAUUUGGUCCGCCUGCUUGGAUUCUGUGAUGAAGGACAGAAUCGUUUAUUGGUGUACGAGUAUAUGAGAAAUGGCACUCUAUCAAGCUUCCUUUUCACUACUCCGAAGCCUAGUUGGAAACUGAGAACACAAAUUGCCGUGGGAAUUGCAAGGGGGCUCACAUACCUGCACGAAGAAUGCAGUACUCAGAUUAUCCAUUGUGACAUAAAGCCUCAGAAUAUACUUCUUGACGACUAUUACAAUGCUCGAAUUUCUGACUUUGGAAUGGCAAAGCUUUUGGCCAUGAAUCAGAGCCGAACACUCACUAAUAUCCGAGGAACAAAAGGUUACGUUGCUCCUGAAUGGUUCAGGAACACCCAAGUUACUGCAAAAGUUGAUGCCUAUAGCUUUGGUGUCUUGCUACUUGAAAUCAUCUGUUGUCGAAGAAGCGUGGAGAAUAUUGAAAGUGUUGAAGAAGGUUAUGCAAUCCUAACAGAUUGGGUUUGGGAUUGCUUCCAAGAAAGAAGGUUAGAUACUUUGGUAGAAAAUGAUUCAGAGGCCUUGAAUGACAAGAUGAUGCUGGAAAGAUUUGUUAAGGUUGGCAUAUGGUGUGUUCAAGAGGAUUCAUCUAUUAGGCCUACAAUGAGGAAAGUAAGCCAGAUGCUUGAGGGAAUUGUUGAAGUCAUGGUUCCUCCUUGUCCAUCCCCUUUUGCAAGCUGAGAUUAUUAAUUGGUUUUAGUUGUUUUGGCAGAACCAAAGAGUUAGACUAAUGUAGUAAAUUCCA